AUGGGAAUAACUUGUAGUAAAGCUAAAAAAGGAUAAGAAGCGUUAAUAUAAAAUUAGAUUAAAAUGGCAGUUUAAGAGGAUGAGAUUCUAAAUUAGGUAGAAUACAAUAAAGGAAUAAAUGAGGAUCAAGAAGACUUUAACAAGGAGCAAAGCUAAAAACCUGAGCUACUAAUUUUAAAUACUAGUUAAAAAAAAGUUAUAAGUCGAUCUGAUGAGGAGGAGACUGAGAAAUAAAAAAAAAAAACAACUAAGAAAAAACCGGCUUAAAAAAGAGAUGAUAAUUAUUUGAAAAUAAUGGAGUAUUCAGAUGUAAAAAUAAAAUCAUACAUCUUAUAAUCGAAAGAAGAAGACAUAACUACAAAUUAUGAGUUAUCUAUAGCAUUUGCUUAUUAAGAUUACCAGUAUAGUAUUAACUGUAAAGCAGUUAUACUAUGUGAGCCAUAAAAGCCUUUCAUACUGAGUCCAAUUAAAGUAGAAGAUGCUAUCAACAAUAGUUAAUUUGCAUCAUUUUUUGUUUUGGAUACAUAUUUUAAUGUGGAAACAUCUUUAAACUCGAAUUUAUAAUCUUUUAAUCAAUUGUUAGAAGUAAAAAGGAAUUUUUAAUAAGACAAACAUGAUGGAGAGAGUCCAUUAGUAUUUACGAAGAGAUAAAGUAAGUUAGUGAAUACAUAGCUUAUAAAUUAAUCUCCAUAGAAAGGUAAGAGGAAGAAGAAGAGAGAAGCAGCUGAAAUGAUGGAAUUGAUGCAUGUAUUUGAUUUUGAAUGUUCUCCUCGUUUAAAUUAAUUGUUAAUAUCUUUAAUGAUUCAAUAAUACAGUCAUAGAAUCACAAAAUAUUUAAUUACAAUUGAUGAUGUUUAUUUUUUAUUUAAUGAAAAACCAUCUUUAGAUAAGUAAGAAGUUCAUAGAGUAUUAAUAUUUUAUGAACAUUUUGAUUAUAGUUUAUAGGAAUUGAGUGAAUAUCUUAAUAGUAAUAAAAUGUAAUUGUCUCAUAUUUGUCAUCUUUAACUUUCAUUAAACUUAAUAUAGAUAUUAUACAAUUGUUAUCAUACAUAUCUUUAUAGAUUGAAUGUAACAUUAAAUACAGUAUUUUGGGUUAGUAAGGUGAAGAAAUUUAAGUUGUAAAGUUUUGGUAGAAUAUAAAAUUUAUUAGAUUUGGAUGGUAAGGAUCCAUAAAUUAAAUUUAAGACAGCAAAUGAAUAGAAAAUAAAUUUAUUUUAUAGAGAUUUUGAUAGAGACUUUGGAGCUGUUUUAGAUAUAAUUGCAUACUUUAAAGAUUUGAGUAAGGAGAUGGGAUAAAUAAAGAAAUUAAGGAGAAAGAGAAAGAAUUUACCAGAAGGAGAAACAUAUUAUGGUAAAUAUGUAAUAAUGUAUGAUGAAUUAUUUUCUGAUAAUUUGGAUGCAUUAUUUUUAGGAUUGGUUCGAUUGAAAUUUUUUGAGACUAAUUCAUUUGAUUAGAUAUUAGAGGAAUUGAAAUCAAUAAUAGCAACUUUGGAGAAGAUAAUAAAAUAAGAAAUAGUAAAAAUAGAAUAAGAGAAAAAUUAAUAAGAAUAAGAAUAAGAAUAAUAGAUAUCAUAAAAUGUGAUAUAAGUCCAAUUAGAUGAUGAUGAUGAAGAGAAUGAAUAAAAAGAGUUAUAGUAAUUCAAUUUUGGGUUGGAGAGGAAAAAGAAGAAAGAAUUAUCAUAGGAAUAGUAUUUAUAUUAUUAAAUGCUUUAUUCAUCUCUUUUUUAUACUCAAAAUUUUAAUAUAAUUUGUGAUUAAUUUUUGGAAGUCUCAAAAAAUUAAGUUUAAAUAGCUUAUGCUUAAUUGCAUUAUUCAGUAUGGAGAAAGUUGAGUUCAGUAGUAAAAGAAGGAUUUAGUUUAGAAUAGUAGACUACUUUGCUUUCUAUAUGUAAGAAUGUGUGUUAACUUACUUUAUCAUAAGAUUCAUUUCAUUAUUAUUUAAUAUUAGAAUUAAUAACAAAGAUGAGAGAUAAGCCAUUUAAUAUAAUAAAUCAUUUAAAAUAAUUGAUUCAAGAAUAAAAUUAUAAAAGGAAGAGAUAAACGAGACCAAAGUUAAGUAGAAAUUAAAAAUUUAAUGGGAUAAUUGAAAUGAGAAAAGCAAUAUUUUUAGAUUUGUUCUUUAUAGAUCAUUAUAUAAGUGAUCAUCAAUAUAAUAAGGCAAUUUAUCUUAUGUAAUAUGAUUUAUCAUCUCAAUUAAAGUUCAAUCUCAAAAAUUUCAUGCUUUAUACUUAAUCCCUCUUUAUAAAUGGUUUAUUAUGUGAAAAGACUCUAUAAUCAGUAUCAGCCAUGCUUAAUUUAGAAAUAUCUAAAUUAUUGUAUGAUCAAUACUUUCCAACUACUAAACUUGUUUAUAUUGAAGACGAAACUUAAAGAUAAAUUACCAAAGAAUAAAUGGAAAGUGGUAAAUAGUAUACAUCUAAAAUGUUAACAUUUGAUAAUUAAGCAUGUGAAAAUAUUAAUGUUCUUGACUUUCAUUUAGGUAAAGUUUAUUUCUCUAUUCAUGAUAAAGAAAAUGCAUUAAAAUGUUUAAGAAAAGUUAAAUAUGCCAGACAGAAGAAAUUUGAUAUCUUAUCAGAUGAAGUUAUUGAAGUAGUUAUUGAAAUUCUUAGAAUACUUGUUGAAUAAGAUGAUAGUGGUGCUGCAAGUGAAAUAUGUUAUGAAUAUCAAUAAUAAUUUAAAGAAUUAUAUCGAAGAAAUGCCUAUUUUAAAUCAAGAUAUAUUGCACGUCUAUAAUUAAUUAUGGCAGCUAUCUUUGAAUGCAAUGGAAUGUUAAUUAGUUCUCUUAGAUAUUAUUAAAAAGCAAAUAAAACAUUUAAUUAAUCCAAAACUAACUCUUAUAUCCUAUAAAUUCACAUCAGACUUAAAAUUAUGAAAUUAAUUGCUGCCAUCAAAACUAAAGCUCUGUCUAUUAAUUCAAUUAUCAAAGGAUAAAUCAAAUAAUUUAAUUAUCAUACUGGAUAUUUGUCAGAAACUGUCAAACCUUACUUUAACAAUUAAUUUCUAAGAUUGUCUAUUGAAGAAAAAUAACAUUAAAUUAAUUCAGUUAUUUUUAACUAUUUAUUGAAAAUUUAUUCAUUGUUUCGAAAUUAAGAUUAUGAUAAACUUUUGGAUAAAUUAUAUCAACUUCAUAAUGUUCUCAAAAAAAGAAAAGUUGAUGAAUGUUAUGGAUAUACUCUUUAAAAAUUAGGAAUCUAUCAAGCAUAUCAUUCAAAUUAUAGUUAAGCCAUUAAUUAUUUAUAAAUGGCAUUAGAAAUAUAUGAUAGAUUUCUUAUAUUUCCUUAAAAAGAAAUUAGAUAAUUACGUUGUCAAAUUCUGAUUCUUCAUUGUUGGAUUUAAUAAGAGAAAAAAAAAGAAUACUAAGAAUAAUUGAAUUUGAUUGACUAAUUUAUUUAAUAAAUAAAUGAAAUGCUUAAUUGGAAUAACAUUCCUUAUCAACCAACAACAAAUAAAUUUAUUGUAUUAUCAUUGAAACUUGGCAAACAGAUUAUAUAUUAAUUAGAAGAAAUGAGUUAACUGAUUGAAAAAUUUUAAAAGACUAGAUAUAAAUUGAUUUAGUAUCUAUCGAAUCCAACAAAAUUAAAGUCUGUAGCUGCUAAAUAUUUGAAAUAAAUUAUAAAAUCAACUUAAAAGGAACAUAUAAAAAAGAAAAGUCAUAAUGAUUCUAGAUAAUCUUGUUUAUUUGGUCUUCUUAGUCGAUAAAAUGUAAGACCAUCUAGAAAAUCGACAGUGAUUCAUAAUAAAUCGAAUACAUAGACUGAAUAUGAAUAUUAAGAUACUUAGAAGUAAAUUUGUUAUUUAAAUAUUUUGUUAGAUCUACUAAUACAAGAAGAAGCAAUACAAAACAUAGAGAUAAUAUGAGUAUUUAAUUUACAUCAGAUAAAUCAAAUUAAAUAAGUUAAUAAUUUGAUGUUGUAUAAACUUAGAAAUCAUAAACAUUUGAUGAUAAUUUAGAAACGGAAAGAAAUGGCAAUUUAUAAAUAUCAUAUAAUAUUAAGGAUAAUACAAAUACUAAAUGCAGUACAGGGAUGCCUUCGAUGGCUCAAUUAAAUAUGACACCAAUUAGUGAAGUAACUAAAUUAUCAGGAAAAUUGGUAAUCCAAUAAAAAAGAAAUAAAGAUUAACAGAAACUUAAAAUUAAUCCAUUUUAAAAGAUUACUCGAAAAUGAC